AUGACUGUUGAUUCUACCGAAAAUAUCAACAAUAAUGGCAAUAACAACAACUACUCAACGUCUCCACCACUUUCUCCAACUUCAGCAGUUUCUUUUCAUUGCAAUUCACAUUCCGAUUCAGAUAACCCUCCUAAAAGUAAUAUCGCUACUAAAAAAAGAUCGGUAACUCCAACAAUAUUGUUAAAUCAAUUAUUGGGAAAUGGUGAUAAACCAUUCUUUAAGGUGGAUCGAGGAGAAGAAGAAUUAAUAACAGUGAAGCAUGAAAAAGAAAGUACCCAAAAUCCCCAGAAAAAAAUGGUCCCUGAAAAAUCGAAUGAUGAUGCCAAAAUAAAUGGUACAUCCGUCAAUUUUGAAACAACAGUGAAGCCAACAAUAGCUUCUCACAAAAAUAAUAUUGACGAUACAAAAGAAAACCGAAAAGAAUUUCUUUAUCAUACGAGACGUUUAAGUACUGGUAGAGAGGUUAUGACGCUCCCACCAGAAUUACAAAACGAAAUUAAUAAAUUUUCAAUCGAUGGAUUUGCAAGAAAGUAUUUUGUAACUCAUAAGAAAGGAAUAUUUCGAAGAAGAGUCCCAGUUGAGAAAAUGUUGUUAUUUCAAAAAGAUUCAAUCAGACAACCUUUACUUCCUCUAAAUGAAAAUAUUCAAAAAGAUGCAAUAAAAUGCUUUAAAGUUAUUCGAUAUAUUAUGGGUGAUAGAUCAAGAGGCCGUCUAAAUCUUAAUAAUAAUAUCAGCACUAUUAACAAUAAUAUUAACGGCGAUAUUAGUAGUGGUCCUCAUAGUAAACAGAAUCAACUACUAAGUAUUCAAUGGUUGUUGGAUCGAGGCAUUUUUCUUGGUGAAUUGAGAGAUGAAAUCUAUGUGCAAAUUUAUAAACAAUUAAACAAUAAUCCAAGCAGUGUAAGCAUUAAAAAAGGUUGGGAAUUAUUAUGUGUCAUCACGAUAACUUUUCCGCCAUCAAAAAAUCUAGAGAGCCAUUUGAUGAGAUUUAUUAGUGACAAUCUCAAUAAAAAAGAAAAUCAGAUCGAUGUUUACAGUAAACAUGUUUAUAAUCGAUUGACAAGAAUAUGUAAAAAAGGUCCAAGAGGAAAAGUUUUGACCUUGGGUGAAAUAGAAAGAGCAAUGGUUGCACCUUUUAAUCCAUCAGUGUUUGGUGAAACUUUGGAAUUUAUAAUGGAUCUUCAGUCUCAAACUUUACCAACUCUUAAAAUCCCAAGAAUUUUACCAUUUCUUGCUGAUUCGAUACUGGAUUUAAGGGGUCAAUCUAUUGAAGGAAUAUUUAGAGUACCCGGUGAUGCUGAUUAUGUAACUGAAUUGAAAUUAAGGAUUGAAAAGAAUAAAUAUGAUAUAGCCGGAAUAACAGAUCCACAUGUCCCUGCUUCAUUAUUAAAAUUCUGGUUAAGAGAAUUGGCUGAACCUUUAAUACCAAACGAUUUUUAUGAAAGAUGUAUAAAUAAUUCUGAAGAUGCGGUUCAAACCAUAGAAAUAAUUAAACAAUUACCCGAGAUUAAUCGUAAAAUUGUCAUUUUUAUCGUCAAUUUUCUACAGUUAUUUGCAGAGCCAGAAGUUUGUAAAAUUACAAAAAUGCAUGUAAGCAAUCUUGCAAUGAUUUUUGCACCAAAUUUCUUGAGAUGUCCAUCUGAUCAUUUAGGAGUGAUACUAAAGAACACAAAAUACGAGCAAACAUUUAUGAGAACUUUAAUAUUAAAUUUAAAAAAUGAUCAUAUCGAUCACGGUACUAGUAAUGGUGUUGAUAACAACAAUAAUAGUAAUGUUAACGGUCACACAAAUAACAUUGAUGUUGAUGAUAGUGAAGGUGCCGGUGGGUUAGAUAUUUUAAAAAAUUAUAAAAACCUAAUUAAAAAUAAUAAAAUUCAACAACAACAACAACCUUCAUAUUUGCAAGAAGGUACCGUUAGUGGUGGAAAACAUCAAUUAAGUUGA